AUGAAUCAUACUCCAAUUGUUGGUAUAGAUUUAGAUAAAUGGGCUAUACCUUAUGAAAUAAAAUUAUAGCCUUGCUUAUUAGAAAACCAUUAUGGUAUUUGUGCUUAAAUUGGCUUGGUAAAUGAUAAUAACAUGUACAUUUUAGUUGAUAAAAAAUAAAGAUUUUAACUAUCUACUGUUUCAAAGCAAUUUUAUUAAUUAAUUUUAGCUGAAUUAAUACCAUAAGAUAAAAUAUCUUAGAUCAGCCUUAGUACUUUAAUUCCUUGUUUUCCUUUCAUUUUUGAAAAGUUCAAACAAAAUAUCAAUAUAAAUAAAGAAGAUUAAAUGAUGGAUAGUGAAUUUUCAACAAUAUUAUUUAAGCCAAAAAGCUAUGAUUAAUUAAUUAAACUUUAAAAUGAAGCUUAUGAUUAUUAAACUUUAUUUAACUUCUAAUAUUUUCAAAUUUUUUUAGUGAAAGGAGACAUUUUGUAUGUCAAUAACUAGCACAUUGAAAUAAUCUAAAUUAAAGUGAAAGAAAUUGUUUAAUUUUUGGAUGAAAGUUAAAAAAUUGAAUAACUUUACUAUUUUUAAAAGUAAAUGGAAUUAAAUAAAACUUAAUUUUCUAAAAAUUUUAUUGAGAAUCAAAUCCUUAAUGAGCUUUCAGAAAAUAAUAAUUAUUAUUAUUAUGGCAAUAUUGAAAGUAGCUAAAACUCACAAGAGGCUUUUAAAGAGGUGCAUAUUUGUAAAUAACUUGAGUUCUAAUAUUCAUAUGAAACAGGAGCUCUUUUAUCCCCUUAAUUGAUACAAAAAAUUAGUACAAACGAAGAAAAAAUAUUAAAUGAAGCUCUUUCACAAGAAAAUAUUAUCGAUUCUCAAAGGAAUUUCAACUUACCUUAAAGCAAUAAUUAACUUAAGAAAAAAUUAAUAAUGGAAAAAAAUAAUUAAUCCCAUACAUUUAAUUAAGUAAUUUAUUCUGCAAGAGUCCCUUUAAAUAGUAUUGUGAAAUACCCAUAAGUAUAAAAAGUAGAACUUUUAUCUGAAAGUAACAUUGUAGAUACAGUGAAAAAUAAAUAAUUUGGCUUGAAUUCUAUUCAUAAGUUAGUUAAACCUUUCGAUGCAAACAAUUAGAUUAUCUCAAGUAAAAGUGAAAAGCAAACUAAUUUUAUAAGCUAAAACUAGUAGAAACAAGAAACAAAGAUGGCAACAAGUAUACGUUCGUCUCAAUCAAGCUAAAUUUCAAGUAAACAAAAUUACUAACUAAAAAAAUGA